GAAAAAACGAGCAUUUCCAAAAUUGGGCUAAACUUAGAAUGGGCUUUUCGGCGACUGAAGAAAUCCAUUGAGGCCCGCAGAAAAGGGUAUUUCUGUAAUUAUAAUGAAACUAAAAGCCGCGGGAGAUUCAGAUUAGCGGCUGAUCGAACCUGCAUUUUCCCGCCAUUACUCUCUCCCCUCAACCUUCUCCAGUUCUCCCCCUACUGAAACCCUAGUCAGAGCAAAAUCGAAGCGAAGAAGGAAACCAGUCAUGGAAGGCGAAAUCAAAGCCGAAUUCGAGAAGAACGGUUUCAUCCUUGAUAACGAAGAGGAAAUCCUCAACAAAUGUCUCACUUUCUGCAUAAACUACAAGCUUACGCCUUCGGAUCUCGUUUCCAGCUGGGACAUUUACUCUCUCAAUCGAAAGCUGAAAGAUCUAGUUGUUCAGAAUGUGGAAAUGGAAGGUUUCCUAUCGCACUUACAAAACGAGCAGAAAGAAGCGGUGGUUAAACAAGAAGCCGACCUUCAUUUCUACUCGAGCAAAGAUGUUGACAUGAUUUUGACUGAUGACGAGGAAAACUUGAAGGAUGCAAUUCUGAGCACUCCUCCAGUUAAAAAUGCAAAACCAUACUCUGAUCCAUUUGAUUCAGCACUCUACUCGAACGGGAACGGUUAUUCUUCUGAGAAGCCGUCAAGGCUUGUGACUCCAUUCGGGCGAAGAACCGAUAAGUUUGUUGCGAGAUUCAACUUCAACAAUCUGCCUGAUACCGAGAAUGGUGACAAAAAGGAUGCUGGUAUGGACUCUGAGGAUGAUGUGAUCAAGAGGGUUAAACCUUUGAAGAGGUUUUCUUUGGUUGUCAAUGGAGAUGGGCCUGAGCCAGGUUGCAGAUUCAUGUAUGACAGGAUUGAAGACCGGUUUAAUGCACUUGACAACCGCAUCAGAAGGCGUGCUGCUUCACUUUUUUCGUCUGGCAUUUAUGAGGAACCAUCAGAUCAUUCGGUUGCUUCGGGGAGAAGUAUAUUUGCUGUUGGAAUGAUUUGUUGUGAAGAGGAAGGUCGACUAAAUGACAAGUCCAUUAUGCUGCAAAGCAGCAUCGAGCAUUCAGGAGGACAGCGUGUGCGUCUAGAUCUGCAAAAAGUGAACCAGUUCUCUGUUUUUCCAGGACAGAUUUGUAGGUGUUGAAGGUAACAAUCCAAGUGGAUAUUGUUUGAUCGCAUCGAAGCUGGUAGAUUCUGUUCCUUUAUCAGCAAACAAUGUUGAAGAUUUGCAUCCUGCGAAAAGACCAGCCUUGGACCAAGACAUUCAGUUGGUUGACUCAUCCAGUCCAGAAAAAGAGAUAUCAGUGCUUAUUGGCUCAGGACCAUUUACUACGACUGACAACUUAUAUUUUGAACCUCUCCUGGAGCUACUAGCAUAUGCAAGAAAAAAGCAACCGCAGUUGCUUAUAUUGUUGGGACCAUUUGUGGACUCUGAACAUCCAGAGGUUAAGAAAGGAACUGCGGACAGAAGCUUUGAUGAAAUAUUUCAUAUUGAAAUCAUCAGAAGGGUGCAAGAUUAUGUUGAACACAUGGGUUCCAAUGCAAGAGUGAUUCUUGUACCUUCCAUACGCGACGCUAACCAUGACUUUGUUUUCCCUCAGCCUGCAUUCGACAUUCAUCCUCCCGAGCUCAAACAUCAGAUCAAGAGUCUCCCAAACCCAGGCAUUUUCGAAGCUAAUCAGGUCAGAGUAGGUUGCUGUACGGUAGAUAUCCUUAAACAGCUUAGUGGAGAGGAGCUAUCUCGGAAUCCCAAAGAUGGAUCACCACCAAGCGACCGGAUGAGCAGACUUGCAAGCCAUAUCCUAAAUCAGCAAAGGCAAGUUCCCAAGGCUUACAUACACGGACUAUCUUCUUCUUCUUCCAAAUCAUGAAUCCCAACACAGUAUCUAACAGCUUCAACAUGAAACUUGCUGAAAGCAGCUUUUAUCCACUCUAUCCGCCGGCAGAAGAUGUCCCUCUCGACUUCUCACUUUCUCCAAAAGCUCUCCACAUUGCUUCUCCUCCACCUGAUGUUCUUAUAUUACCUUCAGACAUGAAGUACUUCAUAAAGGUAUUAACGCUCGGAGGAACAACUGAAGGGGAAGAGCAGAGGAAGUGCAUCUGUAUAAACCCAGGAAGACUGGCAAAGGGUGAAGGAGGUGGCACAUUUGUAGAGCUCGAUUACGGCGGCAGCCCUGAUAGAAUGAAUGCCUCUAUCUGGAGCAUAUAGAAGUGUUCCCAAAUCCCAAGUAACACAUACUAUCACAACUCCGUUCCCGAAUGUCGUCUUGCAUUGCAUACUAGAUGGUUAUGGUUGCAGAGUCUGGUCUAGAUUCUGCAGAUCAUCAGCAAGUCUAUAUGAGCUGAAUAUGUAAAUCACCAUCCCACAUUCCUUGUAUCCUUGGGGAAACUGUGCUCCAUACGAAGAGAAACAAAGUUGGUGGAAAGGGGCAAGGGAUGUACAUUUGGAGGAAUUGAGCUUUGUAUAAUUUAUGACUGAUAAUGUGUAUUAGGGUUCUUCUAAAAGCUGUACUUUUCAGGGGUUUUUUCCUGAGUUUAUUAUUAUUAUUAUUAUUAUUUUAUUCAGUUCAACUCAGAUGGAUCAGUAGAGACAAAAUAGAAAAAAGAAAUGAAAGAAUAUUAGUCAUCUUCCAUUUUUGCAAUUCUUCACCAAGAUAUAAAACUGUCAGAAGUCAACAUUCUUGGCUGCUUUCUCUUAUU